UGUGCGCGGCUCAGUUCUCGGGUUUGACCGCCUAGCUGCCAUGGCUGCAGCCUACGGGAAGCAUGGCGUGAUCGACUGGGACAAGUACAAAGAGCUUGUGAAAGGGAUCGACUUUCUCACCUAUGACCCUCCACAGAAGAGACGAGAAUUCUUCGCUGCAGCAUGCAGGAACAUCAACUUUUUCACGCCGAGGUCCCCUUGCUGCGUGGGCUUUCCUCUUUGCGGCUCGGAACUGAUGCAGUGUUUUGUGAAGUCUUGCUGGGGUGAUGAGGUUCAGCAUGUCUAUCUCUCGCAGGCGGAUGACUGGUUCUUACGCCUCAUGGAGCCGUCUACUGAAAAAAACCUUUGCCCGGAGUUCCUCAAGGGAGUCUGGUGGAUGAAGGACAACGUGGCCAAUGAGACCGUGAUGUCCAUGGAGUCAGGUUUUUGGGGGUACCCGCCCAGCAUGGACUCAGGUUUGCCGGUCGGGUUGAAGCAUGCCUACCGGAGCCUUGGUCGACCUUCCCAGUGGCCGUCCUUGACAUCCCAGUGGCCGAGGAAUUGGACCACAGGGUCGAGCUUCUGGGGGUCAAUCAUGCUGACGCUGAAGGGAAUGCUGUGGCCCACGUUUCAGAUUGAUCCAGACAUGAAAUGGAUGUCAACCAGCAAGGAUGACUAUAUCUACAUCCUUGAUGAAAAUGACAAGCUGGUGGAUCCGCAGGGAAAUCCUGUACCUUUCACCCCAGGAGCUGACUUGCUGCGUAUCUCCUGGGUCGAAGGGAAACCUGAGAAGGGCAUCUACUACCAGUACAUCUUGAAGCGGGUGGCAAUGAAAGAUGAGAAUGGUCAACUGGUGAAGCUGCCAGGAUAUCAGGAACUCCUUGACCGAGCGACGCGACCGGCGCCCAGUGGAUGUUGCUGCAACCUCUUUUUGUGCAACAUCAGUGAUGACCAGUAUGGUGAGAUCUACGAUGCGCUGGACGACCAUCAGCUGCUGGUGCCGGGCCCCCAAGUGAACCCUGCAAGGACCUCUCAAUGGACCGCGGCCAGCGGCAUCCCAGGAGAGAACAGCGUCAUCGAGCCGCUCUUGUGAGACGGGGCCUCUGCGGCUGUGCCAAGACUGUGCGUCGAUGCCAAAGAUGUUUCUAUCGAGCAGCCCAUCAAGACAUGAGAAUGACAUGGACCAAUGGAGGGUGUGAUGUUGACCAUGCCCUUCGCUGCAUGUUGACGAUGUCGAGCCAACCACAGUUUUAAGUUGGCACGGGUUUCUCGAGGCACAAAGCCCAAGGAGCCACGUUUC